CCCCCGACCCCGGCCGGCCCCGGGCUCCGCGCCAGGAGGCGGCGGCCAGGCCGAGCCCCAAUCCCCCGUACCCGGGGGAUCCCCGACGGUGACCCGCCCGGCGAGGGGCCAAAGGAGAAGGACGAGGAGGAAGGGCGGCCUCACCGGGGACCCGGCAAUGGCGCUCGACUUCCUUGCUGGAUGCGCUGGGGGUGUGGCAGGUGUGCUCGUGGGACACCCAUUUGACACGGUCAAGGUGCGGCUUCAGGUCCAGAACCCGGAGAAGCCUCAGUACCGAGGGACCCUGCACUGCUUCCAGUCAAUCAUCAAGCAGGAGAGUGUGCUGGGCCUGUACAAGGGCCUGGGCUCGCCCCUCAUGGGCCUCACCUUCAUCAACGCGCUGGUGUUCGGCGUGCAGGGCAACACGCUGCGGGCGCUGGGCCAGGACACGCCGCUGCACCAGUUCCUGGCGGGCGCGGCGGCGGGCGCCAUCCAGUGCGUCAUCUGCUGCCCCAUGGAGCUGGCCAAGACGCGGCUGCAGCUGCAGGACGCGGGCCCCGCGCGCCCCUACCGCGGCUCGCUGCACUGCCUGGCGCACAUCUACCGGCGCGAGGGCCUGCGCGGCGUGAACCGGGGCAUGGGCUCCACGCUGCUGCGCGAGACCCCCAGCUUCGGCGUCUACUUCCUGGCGUACGACGUGCUGACGCGCGCGCUCGGCUGCGAGCCCGGCGACGCGCUGCUCGUGCCCAAGCUGCUGCUGGCGGGCGGCACGUCGGGCAUCCUGUCCUGGCUGUCCACCUACCCCGUGGACGUGGUCAAGUCGCGGCUGCAGGCCGACGGGCUGCGCGGCGCCCCGCGCUACGGCGGCUUCGUGGACUGCGUGCGCCAGAGCUACCGCGCCGAGGGCUGGCGCGUGUUCACGCGCGGCCUGGCCUCCACGCUGCUGCGCGCCUUCCCCGUCAACGCCGCCACCUUCGCCACCGUCACCGUGGUGCUCACGUACGCGCGCGGCCCCGAGGCCCAGCCGGACGGCGACGCCGCGCCCGCCGCCCCGUCGGGGCCCGGCCUGGCCCAGCCCUCCAGCCUGUGAGGCGGAAGCCCGGGUCGCCAGCGGGCCUGGGCGGGGGGCG